UCGACUUCAUUUCCAUUCUGCGAUUUUUGUGUGGUUUUAUUUGGGACAAGUUGGCAUUUGUGAUUCUCCCUGCCAGGCCAGGCGCAAACGUAGUGAAAAAAAAGUUAAAGAAGAAGAAGUAACAGAACAUACUCUACACAUCAUAUAAAAAAUACUUACUGUGCAAAAAUUAAUUACAAUAAAACAAAAAGAAACUCGAAAAAACUUCAUCAACUCGUAAAAAUAGUUACAACUUUGAAGUCUCAAAUAAAAAGAAACUCAGCAAAGAGUUCCAACCAAGAUUCACAAGAAUCGAACAAGAAAAUUCAGAAGAGUCACAUAAAAGUAGAUGGUGGAGCACCAUCAUAGUCAUCGAUUGAGAAAAAAGGGGGCGGCGGUACGUAAAAUAUCACGCACUACAAUUUUACAAAGUAAAAGACAAUUUCCUCGACCGCAAUGAACAUCUAAAAAAUUAUAGUGUGAUAAAAAAGUGAAGAAAUUCUUUAAAGAAAGAAAAAACAAUAAAGAAAACCUACAACACGCCCUUUUUGUCGCAAAUAAAAUAUCUCUGGUUUAUCAGAAUUAAUAUUCUAGUGAUCCAAUAAGACUUUUAAACUACACACUCACCAUCCACAUCCAAAACCAUCCCUUCCUUUCCUCAUCGACUACCUACUUGGCUUGAACGGCAACAGCAAACGACUCGAGAUCUCCUAGUUACAUAUAUCGAAAACUUGGAAAGAGUGUAAACUUGAUUUAAAGAAGAAAAAAAAAAAAAAUUAUCGGCAACAAGGCCGAAAGAAUCUGAAAGUGCGAGUUCAUUGAUAGAUUUUGAUUGAUUUCCAAUUGAAGAACAACAAGAAUCUUUUUUAUUAAAGGAGCACUGCGUGGAGCAGAAGAGGAAGAAAGAGAGAGAGAAAGGGGAAGAGUUUAUUAGUUCAAGACAACAGCAGGAACCUAAACAGCCUAAUCAUUGCGAUGGCAGGGCAAACCAUGCAAGACAGAUUCUUGGCCGCUAGACAUAGUUUAGCUGGUCAAGGUCUGGCAAAGUCAGUGUGUAAGGCGACGACAGAGGAAUUGAUUGGCCCGAAGAAGAAGCAUUUGGACUACUUGGUUCAUUGUACCAACGAACCAAAUGUAUCAAUUCCACAUUUGGCAAAUUUACUUAUUGAGAGAUCACAAAAUGCCAGCUGGGUUGUGGUAUAUAAAGCUUUGAUAACGGCCCAUCAUCUCUUGGCAUAUGGAAAUGAGAGAUUUAUGCAGUAUUUGGCUUCGAGCAAUUCAACUUUUAACUUGAAUAGUUUUACGGAUAAAGGUGGUGUGCAAGAGGGCAUGGGAGCAGUUGGGGCAAGAAUGGGCUACGACAUGUCACCAUUUAUUCGUAGAUACGCUAAAUAUCUUAACGAAAAAGCCCUUUCAUACCGAACUGUUGCAUUUGAUUUUUGCAAAGUCAAAAGAGGUAAGGAGGAAGGAUCUUUGAGGACAAUGAAUGCUGAUAAGCUGCUUAAAACUCUACCAGUAUUGCAAGCUCAAUUAGAUGGACUCCUUGAGUUCGAUUGCCAAGCAAACGAUCUAACAAAUGGUGUCAUCAAUAUGAGCUUUAUGUUAUUGUUUCGUGAUCUCAUACGCUUGUUUGCGUGCUACAAUGAUGGUAUUAUCAAUUUACUUGAAAAAUAUUUUGAUAUGAACAAAAAACAAGCUCGUGAUGCUUUAGACUUGUAUAAAAAGUUCUUAGUUCGGAUGGAUCGCGUUGGGGAGUUUUUGAAAGUUGCAGAGAAUGUUGGCAUUGAUAAAGGUGAUAUACCAGAUUUGACAAAAGCACCUAGUUCUUUGCUAGAUGCCUUGGAACAACAUCUAGCAACUUUGGAAGGCAGAAAGGGUUCUGCUGCAAAUACUCCAACUCAGUCGGCAAGUAGCAACCAAAAGAACGUAAAGAGUGCUGUGUCUGCCCUAUCUUCUACUAGCUCUUCAUUUGGCACUGCAGCUGCAUCGAGUAAAUUUGACAACACCAAUGGCAUCGAUGACAAUAUAAAAGCUCAGGCUUUGGCUGAAGAAGAAGCUGCCAUGAAUCAGUACAAAUCGAAAGUUUCAUCACCAAGUGGGAGUGGAGGUGCUGCGGCUAGUGCUCUUACAAAUCCAUUUUUAUCAUCCCCUCCAGCUUCACAGGGCAACGCUCCGAUUGUUGAUCUAUUUGGUGUAUCAGCUGCACCUGCUGCAAGCACUACAAAAGCUUCUGAUGACCUUUUGCAGUUGGGUAAUCCAUUCGCUGAUAUGUUUGAUUCAUCAGCAGCUCCAGCUCCGGUUGGAGGUCCAGGUGCUAAUAAUAUUUGGCUGAAUAAUGGUUACUCAACGUCAUCUCUCUUUGCGACUCAAUCAGGUUUCAACGGAUCAGCAACAGGCCAAGGCUCGGCAGCAAAUGCCUUUGUUUCAGAUAGUAACUUCUCGUCGGUUUUCGGAAACACAGAACCAACAGCUGCUCCUGCCGCCUGCAAUGCCGAUGCCGCCGCCUCCGCCGUCGCCAUUAUGGACCUCUCUGCCAAUCAAACAUUACCAAAUCCAUUCUUCGAUGCAGCGGAUAAUAUUGGUUCAGAAUUUACAAGUUUUCAGCCUCAAGUCCCGCAACAGCAACUGCAGCAGCAGCAGCAACAACAAUAUCAGCAGCAGCAGCAACAACAGCCAAAUUAUUUUGCUACACCACCAGGCUUCGAUGCAUUGGGUGAUGUAUUGAAGCCCGGCAAUACUGCGGGCAGUAGCACACUAGCCAUGUCAGGUGUUCCAAAUCCAACUGAUGUUGUUGCUUCAGGUGCAGGUGGUUUCCAACAACAACAACAGCAACAACAACAGCCUGGACAAGGCGCAUCCCAGCCAGCAGGCACUGGAAAAAUUCUCACUGGUGAUCUGGACAGUUCGCUAAUGUCGUUGGUAGAUAAUUUAAAUAUAAAUAAAUCGGGAAGCACAAAACCCGUGCAGUGGAAUUCGCCUAAAAACACAGCUAAGCCAGGUGCUAACUGGACACCACAACCAAUGGCGGCAACAACUGGUGCAGGUUAUCGCCCAAUGGCUCAUGGCAUGACAGUUAGUCCUGCGCCAGUCACAAUUAAUCAUCCGUUUAUUCACCCUACUUAUCCUGUGUUACCUAACUACAUGCAGCAGGGGAUGCCAGUCAUGGGAGCGCCAAUGAUGGCAACGAACAACAUGCAACCUAUGACUGGGGCACAACCAGUGAUGCCGUCAAUGAUGGCAAUUCAGCCAACGGUGGCAGCGCAACCACAACACAGCAGUCCGGCCCAACAGAAUGGCAGUAAGAACAUUCAACUCGAUCCAUUUGGAGCGUUAUAAGUGAUAGAAUAAAAAAAAAUAAAAUAUUAAACAAAAUUUCUUCAAUCCGCGCAUCCACUAAAAAAAAUACUAUUAAACGUUAAAAAAUUUAAUAAUAUAGUUGUGUACUAUCUCUUAUUAUUACAAAAAUUGCUAUACCUAUAUUGAAAACUGCAACUACUGAUUGUGCUAAAAAUAAUUUACCUUAAACAAAAAUAAGGAAUACAAAAUCUCAAAUGCCCCUUCUGUAUAUAUACAUAUAAAUAUAUACAAAAAAGAUUAUAUUAUUGCAUGGAAAGCAAAUUAAAUACAUGAAUGCACUUAUGUAUAAUAAACAAAAAUUAUUAAAAAUUCUAGAAAAGUUAAAAAUUCCUAAUUGAACCAUAAUCAUCAGAGACCCUACCUACCUAAACUACUUGUAUUUUACUUUAUUUCUAUUUCAAUUUCUUUCAACAUUAAUUUAUAUAUUUUUCCAACUGAAGAAUUGGAAUUAAAAUAUUUAAUAUUUUCAACACAUCCAUUAAUUAAACAAAUCCAAAACUUACAUAUAAAAUAUGUUUGUUAAAUGCUUUCAUUAUUGUUUGUUGGUUUUUCAAUUAUAUAAUAACACAACAGCCGAAAUCUUUUAGUAAUUUAGGGAAAAAAAUUGAAUUUUGUAUUAUCAUUCCAAUUAAUUGAUUUAAGUUUUUUCUUUUUAUAUAAAUAUAUUUUAUUAAUAUUAUUAUUAUUAUGAUUUUUUUUGUAAAUAAAAGAUUAUUGUUAUUAUUUUAUGGUAGGCAAUUAGCUUGAUUGUAUUAAAGAAAAAAAAGUUACAAAUAAUUUAAACUAAACGAAAAUAAUUGUGAGCUAGAGACAGAUAUAUAAUUAUAAAUGAAAUAUAAUAUAUAUAUACAUAUAUAUAUAUAUUAAAAAAAUUAUGAAAGAUAAUAAAAAUGUUGAUUAUGACACACUUAUAAAUGCGCUGUUAAAUUAAGAAAAGUUAUAUAUGUACGUGCAAACGCGUAUGAGUAUGUAUUAAAUACAUAUGUAUAUGUAAGUGCUUGUAGAAAAAAACAAGCAUUAUUCUCAUGGUCAUGAUUUGAAUCACUUUUGUGAAUUUAUUAGGCUUUGUUUUAUUUUAAUAAAAGAGAAUUUAUAUCGAUUGAA